UUGGGAGAUGAAGUACUUGACGAGACACUGACGUUACUGGUUCUGAGACAGUCAUGGUGGACUGCAUUUGAAACACUGGGACAAAAUUAUCACAACGGAGCAGUUGGAUAGCGAAUUGGCCAUGCGACCGUCAGGAUGGAACUGGAUGUAUGUCCUCGCUCUAUCGGUAACAGCGUCGGUGGGAGCAGUUACCUUCGAGGAUGGCCCAUCCGAGAACCAUGACAUUCCAGAAGAAUCCCUCAAAUUCCAAGAUGAGAAGCUCCAGCAAGGAAGCCUCCAGCGAAACAAGACUCGUCAAGGGAAGGACCUCUUUGACUGGAUAGGUCUCGGAACAGGUCAGCACGUGGACCCCUACCUCGCGAGGAUCAACCAGGCCUGCCUAAACGGCGAUCUCGCGGAAUGCUUCAAAUCCCGAGCGAUCGGCUCUUUCGCCGAUUUCUUCGACCAGCCCGAAUACCUCUUCACCGACCAGGUCAAAUUCGUGAGGAUGGGACGGGAUGUGUUGCAAGAGGUCGCUCGUCAGCCGUACGAGUUCUCCAGCUCCCCAAGGUCGGAUGAGUCUGAUUGGGAUCAGCUGGUCAAGUUCGCUACUCGAAAAGCGGAGAGAUUCGUUAAAACUGUUGCUAUCGAGGUGAACAUACCAUCCUGGGUGACGGGAGAAAACGAGGUUUAUGCCCCGAGAUUUUUGGAUGAAAUUGCUGAUGAGAUCGAUACUCUCGAGAAUAAGAAGGACACUCUCUUCUCUCGCAAGCGUCUGAAGAAACUCUUCAUCCCCAUGCUGAUAAUCCUGAAGCUUUUCAAGCUGAAGCUGCUUCUGUUUCUGCCCCUGAUUCUCGGUCUGGCAUCGUUCAAAAAAUUCCUAGGCUUCAUGGCAAUCGUUAUACCGGGGCUCAUUGGCUUCUUCAAGUUCUGCAAACCGAUAUUGAGCAACUACCAACCGCCUGUGUACACUCAGAGUGGUCUCGGUUUUUCACAUUACAAGGAAACAGGUAAUCAUGGGUAUCCGGCGGAGCACUCGAAUUAUCAGGAGAAUCCUGGCUACCACAAUAGUUACCAAAAUGAGGGGGCCUCGUAUGGGCAGGACCUCGCUUAUCAGGGAUGGAAGCAUUAUCAAGAGUAG